AUGCCCCAGCUCUGUUCACAAGUUAAACCUUUGGAGGUAGACCUGGAAGUUUCCAUAACUCCAGAACCCAGCAUGGUGUUUGAACCCUCUGCAACGAAUCAGGAGACUCCAGCUCAGCCUCCUAACCUGGAACUUACCACAACUCCUGAACCAAAUACGGUUGCUGAACAUUCCACAUCCCUGAAGAAGAUUACAGCUGCACGCGCAGACCAGGUUCAGACUCAGCACUCAAACUUUACUUCAGUCACAGGUCAACCUUCAAAUCUGGAACUUAAAACUCAACCUUCUGUAAAUUACAUCCCAGUAAAUACCUUGACUGUGCAAAAGGAAAAGACCACCUCGUGGAAUAUCAACAUUUGCAAGCUGUGUACCUGCAGAAAUGAGACAUUGUUAUGUACUGGGCUCAGCCCAAGUCAGAAGCUCCACCAAGUGCCUGUGCCAGCUCCCAACACCUACAAUGGCACCUUCACCAUCUUAAAUUUCCAGAAAAACUUUAUUUCCUACAUUGAUGAAAAUGUAUGGAAAUCAUAUCGUUGGGCUGAGAAAAUAAUUCUCAGUGAUAAUCGUUUGACUGAAUUACAUAAGGAUUCAUUUGAAGGCUUGAUAUCACUGGAGUAUCUGGAUUUAUCCUGUAACAACAUACAGUCUAUUGAAAGACAUACAUUUGAACCACUACCUUUCUUGCAGUUUUUAAAUCUUGGUUGCAAUUUACUCACAGAACUGAGCUUUGGCACAUUUCAGGCAUGGCAUGGGAUGCAGUUUUUGCAGAAGUUAAAUCUCAGUCAUAAUCCUCUAACAAUUGUUGAAGAUCCCUACCUGUUUGAAUUACCAGCAUUGAAAUAUUUAGAUGUCGGCAGAACACUUGUGUCACUCAACACAAUCGAGAACAUCCUCAUGAUGACUCUCAAAUUGCAACAGCUGAUCUUACCUAGCCAUAUGGCCUGCUGCCUGUGCAAAUUUAAAAAUGACAUUGAGGUUGUCUGCCAAACAAUCAAGCUGCACUGUGGCAAUGCAUGUCUGAGAAACAGUACACACUGUGUUGAAGAAGCUUUUAUAAGGAAUCCAAAAGGAAUGUUCCUGAAGGCACUGCAGGCCCGGAAGAGGAACACUAGCACUGAACUGAUUAUUGAGCCAGAGGCGCAAGAGUCACAAACACUCAAUUUGAAUACAUCCUCAAGGGAUGAGUCUGAACUUCAGCUAAACCAGCAACUACGGUCCCUCAUCCCCAACAAUGACGUGAGAAAGCUCAUUUCAUAUGUUAUCAGGACUCUGAAAAUGGACUGCUCUGAGCCCUAUGUGCAACUGUGCUGUGCCAAGCUCAUCUCCAGAACGGGCCUCCUCAUGAAGCUCCUCAGUGAGCAGCAGGAAGUAAAGCUGGCCAAGGCAGAAUGGGAUACAGACCAAUGGAAAAUGGAGAACUACAUCAAUGAGAGCCUAGAAGCUCAGAGUGAUGCAAAAACGACUGAGUCAAGUGAGCUCACAGAGGAGGAGGUUCCAGGAUACGGCUAUAACAAAAAACUCAUCUUGGUGCUAUCUGUGGUUUCAAUAGUGGUGGUCUUCGCUAUCAUUUUCUUUUUUAUUGAGAAUUACCCUCGUGCUUGUAGGAGAGCAGCAGAGGAUGAUAUAGAAAACUAUCCAAGGGGCUUUUUUGAACAUUCGUCUAGGAAGUUCACGGACAAUGAGACCCAGGAGGGCUUUUUCUGGCUGAGGUGGCCACUCUGGCUAAGGGAUAUGUACAAACCUCUUAAUGCUGCACGCCAGAAAGAGAUGGCUCGGAAGCUCCAUGACAAGGAGUCCUCUGAGGAAGAUGAGAUGUUCCAAAAGAAUGCAGGCAUGGUGAGUGAAGGCCCAGGUGAGAUGGCGCACACGGAGUCGGCUGCCGAAGGAGAAAGUGAAGCCCCCGAGGAGGAGCACACAGAGUGACCCCUUCCGUUGUGGCUGCCCGUGGGUUAUAUCCUAAUCUGCUUCUGACUUAGUUAAGAAAAUAUAUUGUCUUGUAUU